AUGACAAAGACGCUUGUCCAAUCCACUGUUCUCGGGAAGCGGAAGUCCUGUCCAACAACAGAUCUUGUUCUUCGUCUUGCUUCCAGUCCAGAACCAAGCCCUACAGACUUGGAAUAUGAGCCGCCGUCGACGAACAAAUCCGACAUUAUUUCCAAGCCUAUUCUUGUCAAUGGAGAACUAGUCAGCUACACGAAGAAAAGAUAUAGAUGCACCUUUGCGGGCUGCGACAAGGGAUAUACGAAACCCUCGCGUCUAGAGGAACACGAACGCUCGCAUACAGGCCAGCGCCCGUUCGUCUGCGAUACGUGCAGCAAGUCGUAUCUUAGAGAGACACAUCUACAGGCUCAUGCCCGGAGCCACCUACCUGAAUCUUCAAGACCCUUGGUAUGCGAACGGCCAAAUUGCGGGAAGCGGUUUUGGACUAGUCAGCAUCUCCGUGCCCAUACAACCUGGCACAAUGGUGCGAAGAAGUUUACUUGUUCUGAACCGGGCUGUGGUGAAGCUUUUCUGAAGCACCAUCAUUUGCGGACGCAUAUCUGUACUAUGCAUGCACCUCCAGGAACGAAACCCUUUCAAUGCUCCUACCAAGGCUGUACGAAGUCUUUUGAUACCAAGCAACAUUUACAUACCCACACCAAGGUUCAUGAUGACAAACGGUACACAUGUGUACAUCAGAACUGCCUGGCUUCUUCAAGCCAGUCACUUACAUAUUAUCCCACAUGGUCUUCUCUGCAACACCAUUUCCGCACUGCUCAUCCUCCAACCUGUACACAUCCCUCCUGCAACGGUAAAACAUUUUCUACUCAGAAGGGCUUGAGGGCACACGAGAAGCUCCACUUGGAGUGGGAUGCCGAAGCUCAACUAGAAGCAAACGAACCUCCUCGCAAGAAGCGACGCGGUGGAGAGCUUGGCCGGGACUGGAAGUGUGAUGUCGAGCAUUGCGGAAAAGACUUUAAAUCUAAAAAGGCUCUGACGACGCAUCACAACGUCGCUCACCUUUGUAGAAGAGACCACGUCUGUCCUCAUGACGAUUGCAAGCGUGCAUUUGGAUAUAAGCACCUCCUCCAGCGUCACUUGGCAAAAGUGCAUGCCUCUUCUGACGAGGAGUCUCUCUCGGAACGCGAAGAGUCGUCUUCGCCUUCGGAUGAAGAGACGACCGAAUUCGAUAUCGACUUCCUUACAGGCAAUUCUUACAAGCAGCAGGCGAAGAAAAAAUUGGAAACGUCCCCAAAUACCCUUCAAUGUCCGUAUCCUCGGAUGCAGGAGAAUGGUUUACCGUGUAACGGCACUCUGAGCGCAAGAGACUGCGAUUAUGUAUUCAGCCGAGCGUAUGACCUCCGGAGGCAUCUCGCGUCGGCGCAUGAGAUUUCUAUUGAGAAAGAGGAGGUUGACGCUUGGGUGAAGAAGACUAAGAGGGCCAAGUUGGGUAUCUAG